CUUUCAGACCUUGCAGAUUGCACCUAGAAUUUUCGCGAAGAGGCAGCGAUGUAACCAGUCGGGUGUUCUGAGACUGCUUCACAAGUGUCCUUUUGCCUUUUUGAAGCUGUCAAGGUCCAUGUUCAGACACAGCCUGGAUUUGCCAGGGGAAUGUCUUAUGGAUUUCCCAAGUUUAUCAAGUCUGAAGGUCUUGGAGGUUUGUACAAGGGAAUUGGUCCACUUUGGGGCGUCAGAUUCCUUACACAAUGAUGAAGUUUGCUUCUUUUGAGACCAUUGUGGAGAUGAUCUACAAGUAUGCAAUUCCGAGGCCAAAGGACCAAUGCAGCAAGGGUCUACAACUAGGGGCGGUGAAGAAGAUAGGGCUGUUGGGUCUAUUCACAAGAGGGCUGCCUCUACGAAUUGUGAUGAUAGGAACAUUGACCGGAGCGCAGUGGGGUAUCUACGAUGCUUUCAAAGUCUUUGUUGGCCUUCCAACCACUGGUGGUGUUGCUCCCGCAGCUGCCAUCACUCCUGCUGAAACAAAGGCUUAAACAAUGACGAAGAACAAAGGGUCUCUUACGCUAGCAUUUUUACGGAAUAUAGAUUCAUUUGCGUAGUUUCUGUCUAUGACCCGAUUCAUCCUUUCCUUGUACUGCAAAACAAUCUUCCACAAUAUGAACCAAGACUGAAUAAUCUCGGGGUACCAGACAUAUUUAUCUUCUGGAAAAUUUUAUCAGACACUUCCAAGUCAGGUCAUGGGCUGGUUAAAAUACAAGUACUCAGACCGGAGCCUGAAAAG